AUGUCGGCCCAAUUCCUCAAGAGCUGCAUGGGUCAACAUCCCGACUUCCCCAAGCGCGGAGUCUUGUUCCUUGACGUCCUCCCAAUCCUCCAGAACCCUGUAGCGUUCGAGACUCUCAUCACCGACCUCCUGAACCACAUCACCAGCGUCACUCUUCACGCCCUCCGCGAAAAGACCGGCAACCCCGCCGCCAAAAUCGACACCAUCGUCGGCCUCGACGCACGAGGAUUCCUCUUCGGUCCGCUCAUCGCGCUGCGAUUGGGCGCUGCGUUCGUCCCGGUUAGGAAGCAGGGAAAGUUGCCGGGCAAGUGCUUCAAGGCGGAGUAUGAGAAGGAGUACGGCGUCGACGUCUUCGAGAUGCAAGAAGGCGCCAUUCCCGCCGGCUCGAACGUCGUCGUUGUCGACGACUUGAUCGCGACUGGCGGAUCAGCCGUCGCGGCGCAACAGCUCGUCGAACAGGCCGGCGCCAAGGUCGUCCAGAACCUGUUUGUCAUCGAGUUCCUCAAGGGCGCCGAGAAGCUCUCCGCGCCUACGUACAGCAUCAUCAAGGCCGACUAG